CUCAAAGCUAGCAUGAAACACACGAUUGACACAGAACUUAGCCAAUUACAGAUUUCAGAUACAUUGAGAAAAAAUGCUUCCUUUAUGAAAAUUAUAGCUGCACUUUUUUACCAUGGUAACCAACCCAUGAGUGCAGCCCAAUUAGUAAUGGCUGUUCGAAGCAUGAAACUUUUGGCAUUAAAGGGCGAAACUCCGAAAAGUACCGUACAAGGCAUCAUAUCUUUUUCACGCAAGACAGCUAGACAGCUCGAAGAAGAAGAUCCUUUUGAUAUUGACAAGGACGAGUCCGGACGAUGGGUUACAUAUCGUAUUGCCUCGACUGUACUUAAUGGUACCACAUUGCCAGAUAUCAAAUGCAUCCCUCAAGAGCCAGUCACAAUACAACCCUCUUCAGACAGCUCCGAUCCUAUGGAAGAAGAUGAGAAAGAAAAUGGAGAGUUGGAAUUGAGCGGUAAAAGACAGAGAAGAACACCAGUAUUUUACUCUCCGGAAACAGCAGUACGGACAGAUCGACGAAGAUCAAGAAUAAAUAAAACACGGGCAAAGCCUAUUCAUCGCAAAGCUCCCGUAGACAAAGAACCAACGGUAGAGAAAUCACCCGAGGUAGUGGAUGAGACAAUCCUAAGCUGGUCUUUGGACUCAUGCCCUCCCGAAUAUACUGGAUGCAUUGAACCGAUACGUAAAGAGUACGGCAUUGCAACACAAUUUGCAGCAUCACAGCAAACAGGAUAUUCUUAUCCACGAUUCAGAUCUCAAGAAAAAACCAAAAUUCGAAAAUCACACUGUGAAGAUAAGUUCAAAGUAGCAGAAGUUAUCCUACCAAUCAACAAUACACAAGUUUCUGUGGGACGCAUGUUUAUCCUGGCAGAUGGACACGGCGGCCAUGGGUGUGCCGAAUUCUUUGUUGAAAAGACACCUGCAGCAGUACGAAAACUCUGUGCUCAUUAUUCGCCAGAGAACUUCAGCAGCAAAAGCAUUCAUAUUUGUUUUGAGCGUGAUAUUAAACUGAUGGUGAAUGAGUUAGACGAAGAAUAUCUCAGGCUCAAGCGUACACAGCUCCAACAUAAUGGUCAAGGGGACAAUGAUGGAUGUACAUUAAUAAUUAACAUAUUCUUUGGAGAUUGGAUGAUCAAUGUAAAUGUGGGUGAUUCAAGGACUGUUCUAAUGGAGAAACCAUCUGUUGGGAAAGAUGUACAGUCAGGCAGUGAUUGUGCCAUGGAAGUGAUAUUUGCAUCCCAAGAUCAUAAACCGUAUUUAGAAUAUCUUGCAAGAGAAAUUAUUGAACACGGAGGAGAAUUUGUCGAUGCUGUCCAGAAUAGGGUGAUCAAAGUAGAUUUUGAUACUUUGAAAGAUAAAUGCAAUCGUACGGCCCGUCGCAUAUCUUUAAAGCAUGCCCGGAUUCGGCCGCGAGAUCAUCCUGGUAUUAUACAAUGCGAUCCAUUUCCAGAGCCAAAGAAGAUCAAAAACCCCUUUGAAAAGAUACGUUCAAGAGAGGCCAAAGUUCCUUCCCUUAACGUAGCUCGAUCGUGUGGUGAUCUUGACUUCAAGAUGGACGACUCCAGCAAAAUCAUUUCGUGUGAGCCAGACGUCAAAUUUUUCAGGAUCGCUCGUAACGGGAUUCGAGAAAAAAAGAAUUUUUUAUUUAUGAGCACAGACGGUACAUUUGAUUAUAUGUAUGAAAAAUCUGCAGAUCGACAAAAUAAGGCCAUCGCACGUACACUCAGUCCCUUGCUUACUCCUACAAUUACCAAUGAAUCAUUACUCUACACUACCCGUUUAUUUGCUAAUCGAGAGAGCCGCCAUGGUUUUUAUGAUUCAACUCUCCAGGAUUAUGACGACUGUACUGUUAUAUUGAUAGAAGUAUAA